AGGGAGAGAGAGAGGGAGAGAGAGAGAGAGAGAGAGAGAGGUGACCGUAGAGUGAUGGGACCCGGCUGAGGGAACAGCAGCGAGUGAUCACUCUCCGAGCUGGUAAUGACAGCAGGUAGACAGAUGUGAAGGAUGACUUCUUGCUCAGAGAUCUGUGGGUCGGGGUAUGGUGAGCAAGCUCAAGUCAGCGGGAACUACCAGCAAUAUGGAGUCCGCUCCUACCUACACCAGUUUUAUGAGGAGUGCACAGCAUCUAUCUGGGAGCGUGAUGAAGAUUUUCAGAUUCAGAGAUCGCCUAGCAGGUGGAGCUCUUUACUCUGGAAGGUCUGUCUCGCGUUCGGCACCCUGAUCUUGUUUGCAGGCCUCAUUGUUAUUUUGGUGGGUUACGCCACUCCAGCCAGGAUUGAGGCAUUUGGUGAAGAUGAUCUCCUUUUUGUUGACAGCCAUGCCGUUACUUUCAACCGUGCCCUGGAUGUCUGUAAGCUGACUGGUGCUGUGCUGUUCUGUGUGGGAGGCACCUCUAUGGCUGUGGGCCUCCUGCUGUCUGCCUUUGCCAAAAGCUAUUCCAAAGAAGAAUUGUAUCUGCAACAGAAGUUUAAGGAGAGGUUGGCAGAUCUGCACGCAACAGUUGGUACACCCAUAAUGAGAGCACCUACCCCUGGAGAGGGAAAGGUGCCAGUCACACUUUCUAAAGUCCAGAACAUCCAGCCAGUGACCACAAAGUCAGAAACCUGACAGAGGUCCAGAUGAAGGCAUAAAGUGAUAAAAGUGUGUAUGAGGAUUGAUUGGAGGGCAGAAUGUGUGUGAGCGCGUACACGAUCAACAUGUGCAUUUUCUCUUUUGAAAGGUCAGCUUACAUGACUGAUAGUAUUGAUUCUUCAUCUUUAUUUGCUGUAUUUGACAUUAAGGCUUGAUUUUUAAGGUUAUAUAGGUGUAAAGUUAAUGUAGUUGAAUAAAGUUUAAGUUAUUUUUUUAUUUAUUUUUUUCUUAAAUUCAUAGUAAUCUAACAAAGCACAUGCAAGGUCUUGAGCCCUUCACAGAAAACAGACCACAGAAACAAAUCAAUAGAACACAGCUGCUGAACAAUAUCAUCAUGGUUUCCACAGAGCAUUUCUCUGUUGAGAGGAUUCACAUUUUGUUAAAAUAAAAGGGUGGUAUUACUGCUGGAGGGUGUACAGCAGCAGAUGCAGUGUGAUUGAAGUGAUUGGUGAUUGGGUGUCAUCCACAGAAAUGAUCAAAUGAAGCACUGAACACAACAACAUUAUCUCUGCCUAGUGUCUAAAAGGACAUCAGAGGAUGAGUGUCUGUAUGUACAGAAUACUGUGCGUGUACUGUGUGUAUAUGUAUAUGCAGUUCAGCUGUUAAUCCCUACACUGACAACCACACAACAUGAAUACAUGUGGUUCUUGUAAGAACUGUUUACAUGCAACAGCAAGCCAAGAGAGGUCUCAGCAGAUUUGUUGCCAGAAGUUUGCACACCAUCAGAACAAUUUAACACAAAGAGAACAGACCUUAAGGGCAGAUUUCACACUGACAUUUUCUUCUGUCUCGUUAGGCCUCUGACCUCAUCUUCUUCAGUAAAUCCUCAGACAGGAUCGAUAGACGAGAGCAGACAGACUGAUGAAAGGUACAUCCAACCAUUCAGAACAUGCAGAACAGCAUAGUCUGUCACUUAAUCAAACAGAUUACUUUCUAGAUAAGAUAAAUAAAGCAUUCAUCAUGCCCUCUAGCUUUGAUUUUUUUUUUUUUGUUGUUGUUGUUUUCCCUAAACACUUCAAUACCUAUACUGAUCAUUUCUGUAGAGACACACCUAUCCAUUGAAAUAUGCACACUUUUGCAACAUUUCGAACUCAGAUGUUGUCAGUUAGCAGUCGUGAGCUGGAAAAAAAAGAGA